CCUCCUCCUGCACUGCACUGCAGACUGGCGCCGCUCGCUCGCUUACGUUACAUCCGGCUGAACCCACCUAGGACAGCCGCGGGGGACGGCCGGCCUUUCCGAGCCCUCACUGUGAGCCCCGGGAUGUUUCCAUUUGGAACACCCAGCACCACGAGAAUCCCGCUGGCUCACGCACCCCCCCGAAAUCUCCCCCGCCCCGAAUGGCGCGGUCCGGCCCGCUGCCGGCGCCCGCUGGAGUUAACCCGCUUGUCGCCGCAGCCUGGAGGCGCGCAGUGCCCUCGGGAGCUGCGGCGUUUUGCUGUGAAGGGGCGUUUUCAUGGAGUGGCCUUGUGCCUUCACGCUUCUUCCGCGCACUCGGUUCCCCUUCCCUGGAGCACUUUCCCGUGUCCCCUCCGACCUGUUAUGACUUAAAGGUGUUCCCGAUCUUGUGUCCCCCCACGGUGGGUCACCGGUCCCCCGAGCCUGUGCGACUCUUAGCAUUUGUGUGCGUGCGUUAAUUUCACGUGUGUUAGUUUCUCAAGGGUGUUUUAUCCCAAAGAUCCCAGUGCUGCUUCUGCACCCACAGGAUUAGAGCACUGCUGAGCACAUGGACCUGAUAGUUACAUUGAACAGUCACCUUGUCCCCAUCCAGUUCCAUCCCUGCCCCCAGGCUCCUUGCGGGUUGUCCGCCCAGCAUGGAGCCCAACCUACAGCUUGAACUCUCAACCCUGAGAUGAGGAAGACCUGAGCUGAGAUCAACAGUCAGAUGCUUAACCAACUCAGCCACCCAGGCGCCCCUGCAGUCAUUUUAUUGUACAGACAGCAUUGCAUUGAAUCACCUUAUUCACAUGUCCUGCUUGUGUAGGGCCCGGAGUAAACUCUUGUAAGGAGACAAGCAUGCUGGUGGCCUGCUGCAGCAUGAGAUAGCCAGCACAAAACAAAAAUGGCAAGACCGUCUUAGUGGUGAAAGGGAGAGAGAGAAUGAACCUGACGUAACACGCCUGAGACAUCUGGAUCACCAUCAAGAUCUGAAAUGGACCUGGGUCAGCAUCGAUUUUAUCAAAGAAUACAUUGCAUGCGGUGUUUACAACUCAAGUAUUGCUUGUGGUGGAUUAUCUUUUAGAAAUAUUCACCCUUUCCUCUUUCACCUUCUGAGUGGAGGAUAUUCCCUGCCCUUUGACUUUGGGUUUGGCCUUGUUUUAUUUAUUGUCUAAGGUUUUUACUUUAUUUAUUUGAGAGAGAGAGAGAGCAGGGGGAGGGGGCAGAGGGAGAAGCAGACUCCCUGCCAAGCAGGGAGCCCGAUGUGGGGCUCGAUCCCAGGACUCCGGGAUCAUGAUCUCCGCUGAAGGCAGACGCUUAACCAACUGAGCCACCCAGGCAUCCUAGAUUUGGCCUUGUUUUAGCUAGUAGAAUAUUAACAGAUGAGGCCUGAGCAAAGCCUUGAAAAGCAGUGACCUGGUGACCAGGCUUGCUCUCUUGUACUUUCGCACUGUUAUAUGAAGAGCUUUCCCCCAGGGCUGCUGCUGCUGCCCAUUCCGCCUGGGUUUCAGAAUGAACACCUGUGGAGCCUGUACCUGUGCCCGAGGCACGCACCACAGCCAAAUGGCAGACCGUAGUACUCAGAUUUUGUUAUGCCACGAUAGCUCAGUGAUAAGGCUUUAAAAGGCUCAUAAUGAAAAACAGCAGUCUUCUGACUCAGUCCUUUCUACCCCUCAACCCUGCUUUCCAGAGGCAAAUAUUUUCAACUCUUUAAAUUAUUUCUUGUAAUUGUCUCAAUACAGUUGACCCUUGAACAGCAUAGGCUUGAACUACAUGGGUCUGCACAGACAUUUUUCGAUGAACACAGUUCAGUACUCUAAAUGUAUUUCCUGUUACGAUUUUUCUUUUAUUUGAGAGAAAGAACGAGCACAAGUAGGCGGAGGAGCAGAGGGAGAAGCAGACUCCACGCUGAGCAGGGAGUCCGACAAGGGGCUCAAUCCUGGGACUCCGGGAUCAUGACCUGAGCCAACGGCAGACACCCAACCAACUGAGCCACCCAGCACUUGCAACAUUUAAUUAAAAGAUCCUGUUCUGCCUUGGUGAGCUCCUAAUCCAGCAAUGGAGAAAUGAUAUUGAUAAUGUGCAAGAAAGGCACUCAGAUUCCCAUUUUUUCAUCCUGAAAGCAGAAGAUGAAACUCUCAGGUGAGAACUGCGCUUCCAGUGCCGAGAGGAAAGAAACAGCACCAGAGAAGCACUUGAGUCUGGAAGAAUUUGCACAUGGAGACCUUGUUAAACGAGGGAGAGGCAGAACCUCACUGCUCUGAAGAUCAAGGAGUGGAAAGUUCUUCACCAGCCCUGAGAAUCUCAAGGUUUGUCUGUCUGGAACAGUCGGGGGAAUGGAGUUGGGGUAAGAGUGGUAUUUGUGAAACCAGCUACUUUGAUUAAAACCCUUUGGAAUCUGCUUUGCUUAUAUCCUAUCGAUGCAAGAUUUCACCAUGGGCAGUAGCUAUUACAACAUAGUGGCUGCCGUGUUGUUGGUCAUGAAUUUUGAGAGGACAAGAUCAAUGCAGGAUUCCUGCAGUAAAUGCCCAGCUGGUACUUUCUGUGGGAAAAACAAGGGUCAGAUCUGCCUUCCUUGUCCUCCAAACAGUUUCUCCAGCACCAGUGGACAAACGGCCUGUGACAUAUGCAGGCAGUGUGAAGGUGUUUUCAGGACCAAGAAGGUGUGUUCCCCCAUCAGCAAUGCAGAGUGUGAGUGCAUCUCAGGAUUCCACUGCUUGGGGGCAGGAUGCACCAUGUGUGAACCGGAUUGUAAACAAGGUCAAGAAUUAACCAAAGAGGGUUGUAAAGACUGUCGCUUUGGGACAUUUAAUGAUCAGAAACAUGGCUCCUGUCAACCCUGGACAAACUGUUCUUUGGGUGGCAAGUCUGUACUUGUGAAUGGGACGAAGGAAAGUGACGCAGUAUGUGGACCAGCUUCGGCUGACUUCUCUCCAGGUCACACCCCCCAGAUCAUCAUCUUUCUUGCACUGACUUCGGCUGCCGUGCUGUUGCUGGUGUUCUUUCUCGUGCUCUGUUUCUCUGUUCUUAAACAUGGCAGAAAGAAGCUCCUGUAUUUAUUCAAACAACCAUUUAUGAGACCAGUACAAACUGCUCAAGAGGAAGAUGCCUGUAGUUGCCGAUUUCCAGAAGAAGAAGAAGGAGAAUGUGAGCUGUAAAGCAGAAACCCAAAAUUCCACUGGGACUGUCUUGAGAAGAAUCACAGGGGAAACAUGAAUGAUCCCACCAUCAUAUCUUUUUAAAUUGAAGACACUGGUCCUAGAUAAGACUCAGGAUUACCCCCAAGUUUUCUCAAAAUACUGACAGGUUAGCCUUUAAAAAAUGUACCCCUUUUAGCGCAUGUAUGGGACAGAGCUUGUGGGAAAGGGGCAUUUUCUAGAUAAUGCUUAAUAGGCUUCAGCUAGUUUGUUUUUGAAAUCCAAAGAGAAUUAUACUUAAAAUUACAUCACGUAGGCUAAUGGCCCAGCUAAAAUGAUAGUUAAAAAUCAAUUCCAUUUUGUGUGUGUGUGCGCUAAUAUAUGACAAAAAGCCAUAAGAUGCAGGAAAUACCCCCAACCAAAUUUUCCAUUGGUUCAGAUAUUCAAGACAAUGAGCUCUACUGAUAUGAGGGGGGAAAUUAUGACAGUGCCCAGAUUUGAGGUCAAGGGAAAAAUAUCUCAGACCUGAGGGAGAGUUUUGGAAAGAGUUCCAAUGUCUUUGCAAACUCUGUGGUCCCCUCCAUCUUCGUAUCUUCUGCUUCCUGCUGCUCCUCUCUGAACCAGGGCUUACAUUUUGGUUCUUUGUUGUUGUUUAAAAUUUUUUAUUUAUUAUUGAAGUAUAAUUGACAAUGUUAUAUUAGUUUCAGGUGUACAACAUAGAGACUCCACAAUUCUGUACAUUAUUCAGUGCUCACCAUGAUAAGUAUUGUCCCCAUCUGUCACCAUACAAUGUUAUUACAGUAUUAUUGACCGUAUUCCCGACGCUGUACUUUUCAUCUCUGUGACUUGUUUAUUUUAUAAUUAGAAGUUUGUGUCUCUUAAUCCCCUUCAUCUGUUUUGCCCAUUUAAAAAAAUUAGCUUAUGUGUUUUUAAUUCUUAAGAACAUUAAAAAUAAUAUCUGGCACAUACCCUAGAUAAAUGGAACAGGUGGGAAUGAAUAAUGGUAGAAUGAAGUCCCAUGAACCCAUAGCCCAAACAGAGGACUAGAGCGGAGUUGUCAAA